AUGGAAAGGACCCAAUCCCUGGAAGAGAAUCUGGGAAAUGCAUCAAGGCUGAGUCUGGGGAAGAACAAGUUAUUGCUGGUGGCCUCGGUGAUUCAGGGUCUAGGGCUUCUGCUUUGCCUCAUCUUCAUCUGCCUGAACUAUGCUUCUCAGACGGUACCACCUAAGAAUUCUCCAAUUCAAAGUAUCAAAGUACAAUUUACUGAAUGUGAGAACGAGAAAGGAUUCAUCCUCACGUCCCCAAACAACCAAGUAACCAUGAAGGUGCAAGACAACUCCAUCAUCAUCAACUGUGAUGGGUUUUAUCUCAUCUCCCUGAAGGGCUACUUCUCCCAGGAAGUCAGUCUCAGCCUCCCAUACCGGAAGGGUCUGAAGCCCCUCCUCCCCCUGACCAAGGUCAAGUCUAUUGAUGCUGUCACAGUGGCCCACUUGGCUUUCAAGGACAAAGUGUACUUGAAUGUGACUACUCAUAAUACUUCCUGCAAAGACAUUUGGGUGAAUGGUGGAGAACUGAUUCUCAUCCAUCAGAAUCCUGGUGAUUUCUGUGGCCAGUGA